GACUUAUAGCCUUCAUUGUCAUUUGCUGCGAUCUUUUAGCGGGAAUACUAAGAGAUUUUAUGUAUUUUGCUUUGGGCGAUCUGACGUUUUUACCCAGACAUGCGAGUAAAAUCAAAUUAUGCCGAGCAUGGCAGGAAGGGCGAUGAAUUUCGCUGGCAAAUUCUCAUUCGGGUUCGCCCUAGCCGCCUUCUUGCAGUACGUUCUCUGGAUGAGGAAGCUCAAGGUUUUGAAUGAAACAAUGUUCAGGAUCGCUUCUUCGCUUGGUAUCCCUCGUAAACCCGGUGGAAUCAUCCCCGGGAACGCGACCCCGACUGCGCAAAUCUCGCUCGACAUAAAUGGCGACAACGUUAUUUCACUCGGUGCCACUUCCCAAGCCGAACGUCUGAACGUGAAACGAGAUUUCAGAAAGUUGGUGAUGAAACUGCAAGCGGAAAUCCGCGAGUACAGACUUCAGUCUCAGCAGGCAGCCGACUCUUUGCAUUUGGCAUCGCAGCGGUUCAAGAACUUCGAGUGCAGACUGAUGGAUCUCGAGGCGGAAGACGGACUUCUGCAAGAAGACGCCGCGUUCCUCCGAGUUUUGCGCAAUGAAUUCGUCGUGCUUGCCAAGGAACGUCUGGAGAAGUCUCUCAGGGUGCAGGAAAUGGCACACUUCACCAUUCCAGAAGCACGCAAAGAACUCGAGGUUUGUGAACUGAAACUGCAAAAUAUUGAAACUCUGCGGCAUCUCAUGAGUCAGAUCGAAUCGCUGGAAACGAGUCGUCGCACUUUCCAUCAGGUUUGGGGCCCUUUGCCGUCAAACAGUGCUGUAUGGCUCGCCGAACCCUUGAUGAAGCAGGCCGCAAAUUUGGCUGUGCACCAGCAAGCCAAAAAGCUGAACCAACAGAAAGCUAGUUCUCUACGCACGAGUCAAGGAUCACGAGCGCAGGUGAAUAUCCUGCUCCUUGAAGCUAGUGCGCAAGAAGGUUGGGUAGUGGUGGUUGAACAGAACCAGAUGAUUUCCCCCGGAAGGAAACGAGGGCGAGGUCACGAAGCGAUGAGGGGCUGUCUCGGGUCGAGCAGCAGUCAGCUGCUCAGUUUUGCCCGGAAAACCCAUCGUGGCAUUCGCGGGUUCUCGCGUUGAUCGACAUCGUGUCCCUUCGGGGAAUUGGUUCUUGAGAUGUGGACGCCCGAUCCGGCUGUGACUGUGAAUUGCGCAGUGGACCCGAUCCCAAAAUGAAACCGCCGGAAAUGGCUGCGAGUGGGAUGAUGAGGACCCGAUGGAAGUUCAAUUGACCAACUGAGAUCGCCACCGAUGAUUGCGACAGAUGAUUUAGCAUCUCGGAAUCACGGAACGAAGUGAGUUAUCUGAAAAUUAAGAGAAGAAC